AUGGAGGGUUGGGAUACAGUAAAGGAGCUGCUCCUGCAGAACGACUUCUUGGUGCGCAUCGAUCUGAAGGAUGCCUACCUCUCCGUUCCAAUAGCAGCGCAGGAUCGUCCUUGGCUUUGCUUCCUCUAUCAGGGAACUUGUUACCAUUGGAAUGUCCUCCCGUUCGGGCUGAGGUCAGCCCCGAGGGUCUUCACCAAGAUAAUGAGACCGGUCGUGGCCUUUCUAAGAUCGCAAGGGAUGCGUCUUGUGAUUUUCCUGGGCGACAUUCUAAUCAUGGACCAGUCCCCCUCCAAUCUAGAGUCUCACACACAGUCAGUUGUUCACCUGCUUCACUCCCUGGGGUUCAUUGUGAACGUUUCAAAGUCCCACCUCACCCCGUCCCAGCAGCUAAUCUUUCUAGGCUUCGAGAUUCGCACGUCCUCGUUGUCUGUCUGCCUUCCCAAAGAGAAGGGGCUAGCCAUCAAGCAGUUUCUGGACUCCAUGGGCCAACACAGGGUUCGUGCUCAAGUUCUCGCAAAGGCGAUCGGUCAUUUGAACGCGACAUCCCUCGCAGUUCUAGAAGCUCCUCUUCAUCUGAGGUCCCUCCAAUUGCUCCUUAUCCAGGCUCUGAGAGUGGGUUCCUACGAGACCAUAGUUACGCUUUCGGCAGAUGUCAGGCAGGACUUGGUGUGGUGGCGCAACAUCCUCCCUCUGUGCCCCAGUCGGAGCUUGCGCAGGAAUCCAGUAGUCCAAGUUAUUCAGACCGACAGCUCUCUCCAAGGCUGGGGGGCCUGCUCACAGACCCAUGUGAUCGGGCGUCAGUGGUCCUGCGAACAGUCCUUGCUACACAUAAACGAGUUGGAGUUAGUAGCAGCCUUCCUGGGCCUCGGAGCUCUGGGGAGGGUAACAGCUUCGGGCUGCAUCCUCCUCCAGUUAGACAACAAAGCAGCUGUAGCAGCCAUCAAUCGGAUGGGGAGUGUCCGUUCCCCUCGUCUGAACAAGGUAGCACUUCAGCUAUGGUCUUGGUGCCUACAUCGGGGGAUGACUGUGAGAGCUCAGCACAUACCCGGCAACCAAAACCUGGUGGCAGACCAGGCAUCUCGUUUUCGCUUCGACAGCAGCAGCUGGAAGCUUCAUUCCUCAGUUUUUCGGAAGAUAAAUCACCUGUGGGGCCCGAUCUCGACAGAUCUUUUUGCAGAUCUAUCGAACUACCAGGUGCCUCAUUACUUCAGCUGGAAGCCCGACCCAGGGGCUGCAGGGAUAGAUGCGUUCAGCCAGGACUGCGCCAAUUUGGCCGGCUCAAGCGUGGUACCCCACUCUCCUCCGACUGGCUUGCAAGGAACCUCGGGCUGUCCAACCUCUCCCAGAUCUGUUGGUGAAUGCCAGGGGUCUCAAGCACCCCCUAAUGAGUCACGGUUUGCACCUAGCAGUGUGGAAUCUGUCGAGCAACACAGAGUUAGUUCUAGCCUUUCAGGAGACGCUGCCAACCUCUUGGCAGCAUCAAGACGAAAGGGUACCAGGCUGGCAUACGACUCCUGCUGGCGGAAGUGGAGUAGCUGGUGUGGUGAACGGUCGGUUGAUCCGUUUUCUCCCCCUUUAACUCAAGUCCUAAACUUUCUGGCUUAUUUGCAUUUUGCGGAACACCUGGCAUUCAGAACAAUCUGCAGCUAUCGUUCAGCACUGUCCCAGACGAUUGGUGUCUGUGACGGGUUCCCUCUGGGUGAGCACCCUUCGGUUUCCAGAUUGCUUAAAGGGGUUUUCCACCUCAACCCUCCUUGUCCAAGAUACUCGUCCACCUGGUCAGUCGAGACUGUGACUUCCUUCCUUUCAUCCAUGGGUGAUAAUGGCUCACUGCCCAUUCGUCUCCUGACCUACAAAUUGGCCAUGUUGUUAGCUCUGGCUACAGCCUGCAGGUCAGCAGAUCUAGUGUUAUUUUCUUUACAAGGCAUCCAACGCCGGGAUUCUGGCUGGCAAUUGCCCCUGUCUGGCCUGAGGAAAACUUCUCGCAUGUCUAAGCCCUGGCCGUCGGUCUUCGCUCCUGCUCUUUCUCAAGUCCCUCUUCUCUGCCCGGUUCGGUCACUCGAAUCCUACAUUGCUCGCACCCUUCCUUACCGGGCUGGCCACUCGCAAAUCCUUCUAACUACCCAGAAACCCUUCCAACCAGCUUCCCGGGAUACUGUAGCAAAUUGGCUGAAGCGUACUCUGGAUCUUGCUGGGGUUGACACGUCUGUUUUCAAGGCCCACUCCACAAGAGGGGCAGCCACCUCAAAGGCUCAGGGAAAGGGGGUCCCAAUUGCAGAAAUAUUGGAAGUGGCAGACUGGUCUUCCGACACCACUUUCAACCGUUUUUACAGGCGUGACUCGCGCGCAAGGACACAAUUUGGAGUGCAGGUACUCAGCUAG